CUCCAAUCAUGACUUUAGUUAUUAGUAGUUAAAUAUUCAAUCAUACAAAAUUACACGAGUACUCCUCAAUAGUUUCUUUUUGAAAGUUUUAGCAACCGGUAAUAUAAUUACAGUGCAAUCUCCGUAAUUCGAGCUAAUUGUUGCAAAAAGAUGUUCGAAUUCUGGAAUGUUUUCGGAAAAAUCAAAAAAUAUUUUUAAUAUACAGCUGCUGGAUUUUCUGUCUUAUUUAAAUAAUUUAAUUUUGCCCACAGAUGACUGAUGCCAUGUACGAAUCUAAAAAGAAAUGUAGACAGUACAGUGUUGAUUAUAUGAAAUUUGGCUUCAUUCUAUCAUUUCCGGACAAACAAUCGCCUAUGUGCCUUUUAUGCAAUAAAGUUUUGGGCAAUGACGCUAUGAAACCAUCUAAACUGCAAGAUCAUCUGAGAAGAUGCCACCCUGAUAAAACAGAAAAAGAUUUGAAAUACUUUCAAACACUCAAAGAUACAUUUCGGAAGAGACCUACACUGAACAGAAUGUUCGCUUCGACGUCACAAAGAAAUGAUGACGGUUUGCGGGCGUCUUACAAUAUCUCGUUACUUAUAGCAAAAUCCGGAAAACCGCAUACUAUUUUGAAUAUAGGUUUGAGGAUAUUUUGACUAUGGUUUGAGGAUAUUUUGACUAUGGUAAUACCACCAAAUGAAUGUCAUAAUACAAGAGGAACUGACUGAAGUAAGUACAAACGAAGAACUUAAGGAUCAGUUUAAAAACGGAUAU